AACAAACCAAGACAAAAUUAGACAUGACCUCUAAUUUACUGAAUAUCUGUAGGCGUGGUUUUCACACGAGUUCUGUAAGACAGCAAAUAAUCCAAAGUGAGACGCCCACCAAACGGAUAUGCAUUGUGGGCGCCGGACCCGCCGGUUUCUAUGCGGCCCAGUAUCUGCUGAAGAACCUGGGCGACUGCGUUGUGGAUAUUGUUGAGAAGCUGCCGGUUCCCUUCGGUCUGGUGCGGUUUGGCGUUGCGCCUGAUCAUCCGGAGGUCAAGAACGUCAUCAACACCUUCACGAAGACGGCCGAGCAUCCGCGUCUUCGCUUCUUUGGCAAUGUCAGCCUGGGAACGGAUGUGAGCCUUCAUGACCUGAGGAACCAAUACCACGCCGUUCUCCUCACCUAUGGCUCCGACCAGGAUCGGGAGUUGCAGCUGGACAACGAGCAGCAGAGCCAUGUGAUAUCUGCCCGCAAGUUUGUGGCCUGGUACAAUGGGCUGCCGGGCGCAGAGCAUCUGGAGCCAGACUUGAGCGGACGCGAUGUGACGAUUGUGGGUCAAGGCAAUGUAGCAGUGGACGUGGCACGCAUGCUCCUCGGUCCCCUAGAUGCACUCAAAUCCACAGACACGACGGAGUACGCCCUGGAGGCACUCUCUCGCAGCCAGGUGGAGCGGGUUCAUCUGGUUGGACGGCGCGGUCCUCUGCAGGCUGCCUUCACCAUUAAGGAGUUGCGCGAAAUGCUCAAGUUGCCCAAUGUUCAAACACGCUGGCGCUCGGACGAUUUCUCGGGAAUUGCCACACAGGUGGAGCAGCUGCAGCGUCCACGCAAGCGACUUACCGAACUGAUGCUAAAGAGUCUAAACGACCAGGGAAAGAAUUCAUCUCCGGGCACAAAGCAGUUUCUGCCAAUUUUCCUGCGUGCCCCAAAAGCCAUCACUGAGGGCGAAAUGGAAUUCUCUGUAACAGAACUUCAGCAGGACGCCGCUGUUCCCACACAUGCUACCGAACGUCUGCCAGCGAAUUUGAUUUUACGCAGCAUUGGCUACAAGUCGAGUUGCGCUGACGCCGACAUUAGUUUUGACUCCCGGCAAGGAUAUGUUCGCAAUCGAGAGGGUCGCGUCCUGAAGGUAGACGCCACAGACAACGUCGAUGCUGGUUUGUAUGUGGCAGGAUGGUUGGGUACAGGACCAACUGGCGUUAUAUUAACCACAAUGAGUGGCGCGUUUGCUGUGGCCAAAAAUAUCUGUGACGACAUUGCAUCCAAUGCCUUAGACACGAGCUCAUCAAAGCCUGGCUUCGAGGCGGACGACAAACGAGUGGUCACGUGGGACGGCUGGCGACGUAUCGAUGAUUUCGAGAUGGAAACGGGCAAGGCAAAGGGAAAGCCACGUGAGAAGAUAGUCAGCAUAGCCGAAAUGCUGCGAAUUGCCGGUGUAUAAGAAUUCCUGUUACUGUUUUUCAAUACAACCUUUGUUAUUCUUUACAAAACUAUUUAACUUUUAAGGAUCUGUCAUGAGAGACCUUUGUAAAGUAUUGUUAAUUCCAUACCCAUGAUUAAAGAUUUGUAA